AUAAUAUACAUCCUAAAACAGUAGCUUAAAACAACAAUUCAGUAUUAUCUUUCAUGGUCCUGUCAUUGACUGGGCUCGGGCAGUUCUUCUUAGGGCUAAAUGGUGGCUGGUGCUGGAUUCAUUUGAAAGGUCCACUAGACUAGACAUUCAAGGUGGCUUCUUCACUCACGUGUCUGGCACUCCUGUGUUCUUCCAGGUGGCCUCUGUCUCCAGAAAGUUUGUAACAAUGUAGAUAUAGUUUUGUCUAGUUUGAUACACCAUUUAAGUGCAUUGAUACAUUUCUGCAUCUGACUUUUAUGCAACAGGAUGUUUGUGACAUGGAUCCCCAUUAUUACAUUGUUAGUAGUUUGCCCAUCUUCACUGCUGUGUUCUCUUCCCUUUGGAUGAAUAGAGCACACUCCAUCCAUUCUUGUGUCAGUGGGUAUUUGGGUAUUUUUCUCUCUGGGGCUAUUAAGAUUAAUUCUUGGAGUGACUGAGGCUGUGAGUGAGAUGCCGGUGGCCAUGAGUCCCUAUGGAAAGUCCCAGCCAAGCUGCUUCAGCUGCACAAAGAUGGACUUUGUAAUGGGUUGCACCAUGGGCAUGGUGGCCGGCACCUUUUCCUGUCUCAGGAUCGGAAUGCAUGGUCAAGAGUUGAUGGACAGCAUCAGGAAAAUCAUGAUGCGGAGUGGCAGCACCUUUGGCACAUUCAUGGCCAUCAAGAUGGGCGCCUGAUUCUAAUCAAGGCAAUGGUUGCCCUCAUCUACCCGAUUUUGUAAGACCCAGCCCAUGUACUAUAAUAAAAAG